AAUAUAUAAAAGCCUGUGUACUCUUGUAGCUAGUUCAGUUCAGUCAGUUCAGAGAAGACAAUACAGAGUUUCCACGUAGCUGUCGGCUCCUGUGUCUUUCUUUCGGGUCGUACAACUCCAACAUCGGCGGCUAAUUCUACGAACUUUGUCUUCCAGAUAUUUGCCGCCUUCAGAUAAUUUGAGUGACAUCAUCAAGCAUGACGCAGGCCCUUCCAGAAUUCCUGAAAACCGUGACGAUCCCGCAAGAUGACCUGGAGUUUGGGAAGGAGAUCACGGUGACCCAUACAGAAGUAGUUCCGGUGUCAGCGGAUGUGUACUGGUCCGGGUUCGAUGACUACUUCCAUCUGCAGGAGUAUGUGGGCAUGCACGAGAACAUGACAACUGUCAAGGGAGACGGCGGGGUGGGGACAGUGAUCGAGUUCGACUUCUUAGGCGGAAGGACCCAAGAAGAGCUUAUAAAGAAGGACGAGGACACCAAGACGUGGGCCAUCGCCAUGCUGGGCAGCAACCCUCUCUUCACCACAUACAUAGCUACUGUCAAGGUGGACGACGACACAAGUGAGACUGCCAAAGUGACGAUGAGCAUCACGGGAAUUGUCGCCCUCCAGGACUUUGACAAGAGGAGGGACCACAUUGCCUUUACAAAGUACAUGCUGCGCAACCGCAUCAAUGAGAUCCUUUGCAUCGUCGCUGACAAGAAGGGUGAGGUGCUGCACUUUGACAUUGACGUUGACUGCCCCAUGAAGAAGCUGUGGGACGCCGUGAAUGACUGGGCCGGGUACGCCUGGGUCAUGAACGCCACCGGUGUGGAAGUCGUCGCCGACCAGCCCAACUACGACCUGCGGAGGAAGGUGUUCUUCGGCCCGUGUUUCAUGGAGGAACGUCUGGUCCUGGGGAGCGAGAACCCCAACAGUCUGGAGUACGAGUUCGGAAGGAAUGACAACAUGGGCGUACUGCAUUAUCGUGGCAAGGUAGAAGUCCAGAAGAUAAGUGAGAAGAAGACGAAGGCCAAGUACACCGCGACCUUCCUCCCGCAGCCCGGAGUGGACGCCAAGGCCGGCAUCAAGGCUUCGAUGGACACUCGCCUGAAGUGGAUCCAGGAGACAUUUGGGGAGGGGGAGAGUUGGUGGUGCCGUAUACUCUGAGCAAGGUGGUACGUUAAAGGAAGAAACAAAUGCAAUUUCAGAUCGACAGUUCAAAACAAAUUCUGGAUGAGGAAAUCUGUCUGAUACUAUCAUGAAAGUUCAACUGUGUUG